UCAAACAAACAUUGAAGUCUCGAUUAACCAUAUGCCAACUAGUUCUUUUGCUAUUAAAUAUUAUAAGUAUUCUAAUCUUCAUAGCUGUGGUCAUCACGUUACGGAAUCGUUCUUGUGCUGGGGACACGAUCUAUUAUAAGGAAGUGUUAAUAAUUCAACAAGGACCUCUCUAUGGUGAAAUUUUGGGUGGAGACGGGUUCGAUGAUGCUACCAACAAUUCAUUAACGUUAAAUGAAAAGUUAGUUUCUGUCAAAGCUUCGUGGUGGUACGACACGCUAACUACGGUGACAUUUAUCUAUUCGAAUAACGCAUCAUCACAACAUGGAACUGGCGAUCCUAUUCGUGUUCCGUUGUUCAGUGGCGAAGUUAAACUGACGAGGGAACAUAUUUAGGUGUUCAAGCAGUUUAGAUCCCAUCUUUUGGUAGUAAGUAGACCCCAAUGAGGUAUGAAAAACCUUAAAAGGAUUUGUGCCCUCGUGUCGUUGUUGCCG